CGCAAAAAGGUCAACUUUUUAAUUUAAUAUCAAAAGAGUGUCAUUAUAUUGAAAAAAUUAAGGUCAGUGUUUGGCAUGAGGAUGAAGGAAUAGCGUUAGCCGAUCUUAUCCGUUCUCAAAAAAAAUUAAAAAAGUUCUCUCUGAUAAAUAGCAACAUUUUUGCAUCAUUUCCAAUACAAGCCCUUAUGAGUCAAAAAAGGCUUAACAGUGUGACAUUUGAAGAUAUGCAUAGAAACCGUAAAUUAC